CUUUAAGUAUUGUUUCUAAACUACCGGCGAAACACGCGACGAGUUUUUAAUAGAGUUGCGGAUGCGGUUAGUCCGCUUAUGGGUGCGCCUUGGCCUGCACUCGGUUAGGCAGCUUGCAUACAGGUCAGCUUGCAUGUGACCUUUUCUGGGUCAGCUCUUGGAAUUUCGUUCAGCUUACCGGCGUACAUCCAUCAUGGUAGAAGGGGCCCGAGUCCGACUUAGGGGUUGGCAACAGGCGGCAGUUGCUCUUGGGUCAGCAGUUGGUGCAUUAGUGGACCCAAGGAGAGCUGAUUUGAUCGCUGCUUUGGGGGAGACAACUGGGAAACCGGCUUUUGAGAGAGUACUUGAAAGAAUGAAAAGGAAUCCUAAAGGCAGAGAAGUACUACUGGACCGCCCACGUGUCAUCUCCAACAAUGUGGGCCACGCAUGGGACCUACCAGAAAACACAUUUGGUGCUGCAUACGCGAAGUUCAUGGGAUCAAGAAACUUCUCACCAGACAAUAGACCACCAGUAAGAUUUAUGGAAACAGAAGAACUCGCAUACGUAGCAAUGCGCGCACGCGAAGUGCAUGAUUUCUGGCACACCCUUUUUGGUCUUCCAACUAAUUUGAUUGGUGAGUCAGCAUUAAAAGUCAUAGAAUUCGAGCAAAUGUUGCUUCCAAUGUGCUUCAUGUCUGUCGUUGGAGGAACUGCAAGGUUUAGUGACAGACAAAGAUCUUUGUUUUAUAAACAUUACUUCCGUUGGGCAGUUCGGGCAGGUAUGAAGGCAACUGACCUGAUGUGUGUUUAUUAUGAGAAACAUUUUCAUGAAGAUUUAGAGGAAGUUAGGCAGAGAUGGGGUAUUAUACCUGCUCCUUCCAUUCAAGGGUAGUUUGGGAAAUAAAUGUUUAUUCAAGGGUUUUUUGAGUUAUCAGAUUCAUACUUUUGAUCUGACA